UUUCGUUGUUAAUGCGAGAGAGAGAGUUUCAGUACAGUCAGUGCCUUCCACAGUAACCACGAGUCGUGUUCAGAACUAAUACAUACUAAAUAGUAAUAAUAAUAAAAAAAGUUUCAUGUUUUUUAUUAAAAUAAGUGUGUGAGUGUAGUGUAACCAUGUUUGACGUGUUCGGCUCGGUGAAAGGUCUGCUUAAAAUCGACCAAGUAUGCAUAGACAACAAUAUAUUUCGUUUGCAUUACAAAGCUACGGUAAUAAUUUUAGUAGCGUUUUCUCUAUUAGUUACAAGCAGACAAUAUAUAGGGGACCCGAUAGACUGUAUAGUUGAUGAAAUACCCUUAAACGUUAUGGAUACGUAUUGUUGGAUUUAUUCGACGUUCACCGUUCCGGAUAGAUUAACGGGACAUAUAGGAAAAGAUAUCGUACAACCCGGGGUGGCCAGUCACGUGGAUGGUAAAGACGAAGUUAAAUAUCACAAAUAUUACCAAUGGGUAUGUUUCGUGUUGUUUUUCCAAGCGAUGCUUUUUUACGUUCCCAGAUAUUUGUGGAAAACAUGGGAAGGCGGACGUAUUAAAAUGUUGGUAUUGGAUCUUAAUUGUCCGAUAGUUUCGGACGAUUGUAAAAAAGAUAGAAAACAAUUGUUAGUCGAUUAUUUUACAACUAAUUUACAUAUGCAGAAUUUUUACGCGUUUAGAUUUUUUAUAUGCGAAGUACUCAAUUUUAUAAACGUCGUCGGACAAAUAUUUUUCAUGGAUUUCUUUUUGGAUGGGGAAUUUAGUACUUACGGAAGUGACGUGUUGAAAUUCACGGAAAUGGAGCCGGAAGAAAGGGAAGAUCCGAUGGCUAGAGUAUUUCCUAAAGUAACGAAAUGUACUUUCAACAAAUACGGUCCGUCCGGUUCGGUGCAGAGAUUCGACGGUCUUUGCGUUUUACCUCUUAACAUCGUCAACGAGAAAAUUUACGUCUUCUUAUGGUUCUGGUUUAUUCUUCUCAGUGUACUUUCAGGUAUUUCUUUGUUGUAUCGUUGCACGGUUAUCGUCGGACCGAAGAUCAGACUCUACCUGCUCAGAGCGAAAUGCCGCAUCGCCCCCGCCAACGAGAUCGAGACUAUCGCCAAUAAAUGCGAGAUCGGGGAUUGGUUCGUUUUGUACCAAUUAGGGAAAAAUAUUGAUCCCUUGAUUUUUAAAGAAGUGAUAUCGGAUUUAUCGAAAAAAAUGGACGGCAAAGAGAGCGUUUAAAACUUUAUUAUUGAGUUGCUUGUGCGCGGUUAGGUUAUCUAGAUUAUUAUUUAUUUUUUUUUAUUCCAAUCUAGAUGAUAAAAUUUUAUUUUCGCUAUAUAAUUUGUACAAAAA